UAUGCAAAUCAAAACAAAAACAAAAAGAAACGUUUGUCAAAAAUACUGCAAAUAUUAACUUAUCGGAAUUUUUGAUCAUUUUUCUUUGUGUGUCUUGAGCAAAAACUCGUUUGAACGAUGGCUGAUAAUUUAUUAACGUUCGUACCGUUUACAACAGCAAUAAAUCCAACGUUUUGGUACAAAUUAGCCGAAAUAAAGUUAGAUGUUGAUCGUCUAAGUGAUGCUGAAAAACGAAUUUACGGUCAAUACACAAACUUCAACUGUUCGCAAUCAUGUUUUAACAAUGUUGACUCCGCCUCAUUUAAUGAGAAUCCAUGUGAAGCUGCUGGAUUUUUUGUUUCGCACGGUGUGUUGCACAAUAAGAACACAAUUGAAGACUUCAAAAAUUGUGACAAACUGGCUUUGAUGAAAGAUGAAGGCCGUAAAAUAUGGGAUUCAAUCAUAGACGGGACUUGCAUCGAAAAUCCCAGUUUGUUUGCACGGUUUUUCGUGUUGUCAUUCGCAGACAUAAAAAAGUACAAAUUUUACUACUACCUCGCUUACCCGAGCGUAAGUCAAACUGUUGCUACCAUCACCGACCCAAAUGCAAUCACCGACAUAAAACACCACUUCAGCAAUGAGAAUCUAAAAGAAAUCACGGGACUGUACCGAAACAUUGCCGGUCAAAUUCAGAAAUCGUUUUUCAUUCUGGAGCGGAAUGGCAAUGGUUUCUCGACAAAACAACUGACUGAUUACAUCAAACACAACGAUAAAGAAAGCAACUUCAAGGACGUCGAUCUAAAAUCGAUUUACUUUUGUUGUUCCGACUCGACUUCGUCUCCGACUGCUGCAUGGCCGUUGAGACUUUUCGUGGUCGCAUUGGUUCACUUGUGUCCCCACCUGCGCGGGAAAAAAGUUCAAAUAUUUUUGGUUCGUUUCCAACAAGCGAUUGGUAUCGAAAAAAGUUUGUUGUUCAACGUUACACUGUCCACGGAUGACAUUGACUUAGAAAAUCUGACCUGGAUCGGUUACGAACGCGAUAAUGUCGGAAAAAUUUUACCGAAAACAGUUGACAUGGCAGCGUCGAUGGAUCCGGAGAAACUGGCCCGAUCAUCCGUUCAAUUAAAUUUGAAGCUGAUGAAAUGGCGACUUCUGCCCGAUUUGAAUUUAGAAACGAUUGCAUCGACAAAGUGCCUGUUGAUGGGAGCCGGGACACUGGGAUGUUCCGUUUCAAGGAAUUUAUUGGCUUGGGGUGUUGAUGUAAUUACGUUCGUCGAUUACGGGAAAGUGUCUCGUUCCAAUCCAGUACGACAGAGUCUAUUCACGUAUGAAGACGCUCUGAACGGUGGAAAAGAAAAAGCAAAAACGGCAGCAGCUCGUUUAAAAGAAAUUAGUCCUGGAGUGCAACCAAGUGGAUACAAUUUACACAUCCCGAUGCCUGGACAUACAAUCGGCGAAGCAAUAAUGGAGGAAACGUUGGCCACGAUAAAGAAAUUGGAGGAGCUAGUCCAGAGCCAUGACGUAAUAUUUCUACUGACAGACUCACGCGAAAGUCGAUGGUUGCCGACAUUGUUGGGCGCAGCUUAUAACAAGAUCGUGAUUAAUGCGGCGCUAGGAUUCGACAGUUACUUGGUCAUGCGACAUGGAACGAGAAGCAAAGACGACGAACAUUCGACUGCAGAAACUAUUGAUGGUUUAAAAUGCAUCCCCGGCAACCAGUUAGGUUGCUAUUUUUGCAAUGACAUUACAGCUCCCGGUGACUCAAUGAAGGAUCGAACUCUUGACAUGCAAUGUACCGUUACCCGACCAGGGGUAUCAAAUAUAGCCGGCAGUUUAGCUGUAGAGUUGCUGAUUUCACUACAACAACAUAAACAAGGAGCACAGGCACCGGCUUACUUCAGUGUAGCAAAUUCAACUGACAGUAAAUCCAUUCCAGAAGGACUUUUGGGAAUCAUUCCACAUUCCAUUCGGGGAAUGAUGAGCACUUAUACUCAAAUAUUGCCAGCCACCGAAAAAUUUACGCAGUGUGUUGCAUGCUCUGAGAAAGUACUGAGCGAAUACGCAGUUAGAGGUAACGAAUUUCUUCUGGACGUCUUCGGUUCAAACAAAUACUUGGAAGACUUGACUGGAAUAUCGGAAAUGAUUAAUGAAUCGCAUGAUAUCAUUGAACUGGACGACUCGGAUUUCGAAAUGUCGGACUGAAUUGGAGUUGGCAACAGAUUGUGUUCUCGAAUUUAAUUUGCUAACGUGUACCAAAGUUUCAAUCAUUACAAUUGUGAAUAUUCUUGCAAAGAAUAAUUAUUCAGGCUUUUUGAAUUCAUUUUUUUUUAUUUCAAUAAAUUUGCAUGAAAA